CCAAUCAUUUUGUCUUUCCUCUCGAGCCAGUCUUACCCCACUCCGUUCCUUGUUGUUUUUGUUGUUGAUGGUGGCGGUGAGGGCUUGAUGGGGGGUGGGAGCUCGAGGGAUUCAAGGUCUCGCUACAGAUCCUACCAACAGCGGAGCCAUUCGACGGAGCAGUCUUCCCCCUGGGGGCACAACUAUUCUCAAGACUACGACCCCUCGCCCCCUCCUCCGCCACCUCCUUCUUGGAGUUAUGCCUCCCCUCCGCAAGCGUACCCCCCGCCGCCGCCGCCGCAGCAGCAGCAGCAGCAGCCGCAGCACAGCGCUGUGUCGAGGCCGAGGACGCUGGAUCGGCGGUACUCGAGGAUAAGCGACAAUUACAACUCGCUGGAUCAGGUUACUGAGGCUCUUUCACAAGCUGGCCUUGAGUCUUCAAAUCUUAUUGUUGGUGUUGAUUUCACGAAGAGCAAUGAGUGGACUGGUAAACAUUCAUUUAGAGGCCGCAGUUUGCAUCAUAUUGGUGAUUCACCAAAUCCAUAUGAACAAGCAAUGUCGAUCAUUGGACGAACCUUAUCAGCAUUUGAUGAGGAUAACUUGAUCCCUUGCUUUGGUUUUGGAGAUGCAUCAACACAUGACCAGGAUAUCUUUAGUUUCUAUCCAGACGAGAGACCAUGCAAUGGCUUUUCAGAGGCCCUCGAGCGAUACAAAGAACUUGUACCACAUUUAAGAUUAGCUGGUCCAACCUCGUUUGCACCUAUCAUUGAAAUGGCUAUGACCAUUGUGGAAGAGAGUGGAGGGCAGUAUCAUGUCUUAUUGAUAAUUGCUGAUGGGCAGGUUACAAGGAGUGUGGAUACUGAAUAUGGGCAAUUGAGCUCUCAAGAACAUAAGACCGUUGAGGCAAUUGUGAAAGCUAGUGAAUUUCCCUUGUCUAUAGUAUUAGUUGGAGUUGGAGAUGGCCCUUGGGACAUGAUGAAAGAAUUUGACGAUAACAUUCCUGCACGAGCCUUUGACAAUUUCCAGUUUGUAAAUUUUACGGAGAUAAUGUCAAAGAACAUGCCCCAAGCGAGAAAAGAGACUGCAUUUGCCCUUGCAGCAUUAAUGGAGAUACCUUCACAAUAUAAAGCAACACUUGAACUGGGAAUUUUGGGCCGUCGUUCUGCAAAGUCUCCAGAGAGGGUUCCUCUUCCUCCACCUGUUGGAGGCUAUGGUAGAAGCUCUGUUGGUUCUAACAGUUUUAAAUCAACCAGUUUCCAGCAGAGUGCACCAUCAUACUCUGGCUAUGAGACUGCAUCAGCAUUGGCAUCCGCAUCUGCAUCAAGUACAACUCCUUCAGCACCAAGUUCUUCAUAUGAUAAUCAGAUUUGUCCGAUUUGUCUUACAAACCCCAAGGAUAUGGCUUUUGGCUGUGGGCAUCAGACGUGUUGCGAGUGUGGUCCCAGUCUUCAAACAUGCCCCAUCUGCCGUAGCGAGAUUCAUACCCGAAUAAAACUCUUCUGAGGUGGCAUCUGUUUACGAGAGCCAUGUGCUGCUGCCAAAGCAAAAGAUGAGUUAGAUUUCAUGAAUGGAGCUGCUAUCUUCCAAUCCACUUGGGUACGUUGGAAAAUUGUGAGUGCUGUAAUCUAUUUCUGGGUGCUAUCGAUCUGUACCUUUGUACAUAGACCUUGCGAGGCCAAUGCAGCAUAUAUCUUGAUAUUUGCACGACCAAUUUAGCUCUAGAGAUUUUUCUUCUUUUUUUUUUCAUUGUAAAACAAAGUCUAAUUCUUUUCAUGGUGUCUGUCAUGCUCAAGGAUUCAUCAAGUAAUUUGUUGUUUAAGUACUGCCGUCCGCAUGUCAACGGAAUUUAAGACACUUUUUGCUCA